UCAGUUGGAAGACAGCUCUCUAAUAGUAACAUUCCCACAGCCAAAAUGAGCGAUACCGAGCUCUCGAGUGCCGUGACGCGGGCGUUACUGGAUCUCUACCAGCGACAUGACGCUCCGUUGGACUCGCAGCCGAUGGCGGGAGUUGGGGAAAACGCCUACGGCCAGGUACUUCGGGUAAGCUGGCCCACGAUACCCGAAGCACCCUCGGUGGUCGUUAAGAUGGCGCCAAAGAACGAGGCGCGGAGAGCGCAUAUGCAUGUGGUGGACUACUACGCACGAGAGGUGUUCAUGUACCAAGAGGUAUUCCCCAUAUUCCGCGAACUGAAUCCGGACCGAAGCAUCUUCACAGUGGCGCCUGCUCUGGAGGCAAACGGUCUGCAGGCACCCAAUGAGUUUCUAAUCUUUGAGGAUUUGGCUGGAAGCGGGUUUCGGCCCAACUCCCGCAGCUCCAUGCCCACCUACGACAUUGUUAUCUGCACCCUGAAAGCCCUCGCCGAGAUGCAUUCCUGCUCCUUUGUCCUGCAGAACAAAAAUCCAGCCAAGUUUGAGGAACUGGUCGGCCACAUUAAGAAGGAUAAUUUAUUUACCGAAAACAUUGAGGCAGUGACCAUAGAGUUUGGAAAGGUGCAGCUGAGAAAGACAGGAAACUUGCUGGGGGCAGCGGAUGGGCAGCCAUCUGAGGUGGCCGCCUUGCGCAAAGUACUGGAGCUCUGUGAGAAACACUUCAAGUCCCUGGCUCUCUACAGCGUGGACGGGGAAUCUCAGAAACCAUACUCUGUUAUUUGUCAUGGUGAUUUUUGGAACAAUAAUAUUCUAUAUAGAUAUGAGCCAAAUCUCGACCAGCCCGUGGAGGCCAAGCUCAUCGACUUCCAGAUGUCGCGCUAUGCUCCUCCAGUCUUGGACAUAGUCCACUACCUCUACACCUGUACGGAGAAGCCACUGCGAGAUGAACACUUUAGUGCCUUUAUGAAUGCCUAUUACGAGACUCUUGACCAAAAACUGACCUCCUGUGGCCUUCGCAUCGAGGAGAUGUAUCCUCGCAGUGUUUUUGACCGGCAACUCCAACUCUAUGGAGUCUAUGGCCUAAUUAUGGGCGCCUUUUCCCUGCCCUUCUUCGUUUCCAAUGCCAACGAGGUACUAGAUAUAGAUACAGUAUCGGAGGCCAUUAAGGAUCUUUCGGAUAAUGAGGCCGAGGCACCACAGUACCAGGAGCUAAUCGAAGAAUUCGAAAUGCUGAACGAACGAACGUUGCCGAUUUUCAAGCGCCGGAUGGUCGGGAUAGUCAGGGAUCUGAUCCAGUACAAUAUGACCGAACCUCUGUACAAGUUCGAGAUCUAAAGAGCUUUAGUAUUAACUAAAAUAUACAACUACGUUACCUGUAAA